AUGCUGGAGACAAAUGAUAUCGCUCCCCAGCAAUGGAUUGCUGCUUUAAUGCAGUCAUUUGAUCCUACAGGAACAAGUUAUUUGAUCCUGCAGCGACAUCAGCAUCAGCUAGACACAUGUAGUGACUGGCCAGCUGUGUGCUGCUUAGUAACGUUCUUAUUAAGCAAGGAUAUGCGUGAUCCUGGACUGAGCUCAAUUCUAACUGAACCAGUCGAGAACACUCCCAUUCAGAGUUACAUUCUGAAACUUGAUGCAGAUCUGAAGCGUCCUGAUAUAACAAAGAACAAAGCUCAGAAAUGGUACGAGUUCCUGGCUAUGCAUGUGUUCUGCAAGAACAUAGGGAACAACGACCGAGAGAGUCUGUACACUGAGUUGCGACGUAAGUACGCAACUGAGGUCCGAGACAAGGGACAUGAAACAAAGUUCCAUCUGUCUCGACUUAAGUGGGAACAGACGUCGGAUGAUAAACCUCAUCAGACGCCUCCUAAUCAGACACGCACUCGCGACGCUGCUCAGCCAACGCGACCCACUAAGCGGGUUCGCGCGGAGCCGAAGGACAAGGAACCUCCCUAUAAGGAGAUUAAGAAAUGUGCCGACGCACAGUGUGGAUAUGACAUGUACCAAUUAACCUCUAACGAUUAUUGGAAUGGAAGACAUACACCCAACUGUACACACUUCCUUUCGAAGUGUGACAAGUGUGAGAUGACCAAUGGCUAUCACGCCAAGUCUUGUGACAAAAAGCCCGACAUUAAGUUGGAGUGA